UUAACCAAAAAAGUAACUGAGAAGAGGAGAAGAAGAACGUCUGUCAUGGGCUGAGCAACCGGAGAGAGAGGGAGGGAGAGGCCGCCGAGGGCCCAUGGCGUCGUCUUCUUCUUCCUCCGCCGCCGUCGUCGCGGAGGGCUCGGCCGCCCGCCGCUUCUGGAUCGCCGCCUCCACGCGGGAGGCCGCCUUCGCCUCCUACACGCCCUUCCUCCUCUCCGUUGCCGCCGGCAACCUCCGCCUCGACUCCUUCCGCCACUACAUCGCGCAGGACGCCCACUUCCUCCACGCCUUCGCACGCGCCUACGAGAUGGCCGAGGAGUGCGCCGCCGACGACGACGAAAGGGCCACCAUCGCCGCCCUCAGGAAGGCCGUCCUCCAAGAGCUCAACCUCCACGCUUCCGUCCUCCAGGAGUGCGCUUCGAUAUCCUCCAUCUACAACCAAAAUGCUUACCAACUGCGAUACGGUUUCAGACUUUCAGAGUGGGGAGUUGAUCCUACCAAAGAGAUCCCUCCAAGUCCAGCAACAACCAAGUACACUGAUUUCUUACUUGCAACUGCAGCUGGAAAAGUCGAUGGCGCCAAAGGUUCUGACAAAAUGGUCACACCAUUCGAGAAAACUAAAAUUGCUGCAUACACUGUUGGGGCUAUGACUCCAUGCAUGAAGCUUUAUGCAUAUCUGGGCAAAGAACUCACAGUUUUCCUUAAACAAGAUGAAAACCAUCCUUACAAGAAAUGGGUUAACACAUAUGGAUCCAGUGAUUUUGAGGAUAAUGCGCUCCAAAUAGAAGAGUUGCUAGACAAAUUGAGUGUCUCAUUGACUGGUGAGGAGCUUGAGGUUAUUGGGAAGCUCUACCAACAAGCUAUGAGACUAGAAGUGGAGUUUUUUUCUGCUCAGCCUGUAGACCAACCUGUUGUAGCUCCACUUUCAAGAUACUGUGAUCCAAAAUACAAACUCUUGGUCUUCUCUGAUUUUGAUUUGACAUGUACUUCUGUUGAUUCAUCUGCCAUUUUAGCAGAGAUAGCAAUUUUGUCGCACCAAAAGGCUAGUCAAAGUGGGACUGAUAAUACCCUCAACCAUACUAAGUCAGCAGACUUGAGAAAUUCAUGGAACAUCAUCUCUAAGCAAUACAUGGAAGAAUAUGAGCAAUGCAUGGAAAGACUACUUCCUCCAGAUGAAGCAAGGUCACUAGAUUAUGAUCAACUGUACAAAGGUCUGGAGGUGUUAGCAGAGUUUGAGAAACUUGCAAAUUCUAGGGUUGUCGACUCUGGUGUCCUAAGGGGAAUGAAUUUAGAAGACAUCAGAAAAGCUGGGGAGCGGCUUAUUCUUCAAGAUGGCUGUAGAGAUUUCUUUCAGAAGAUUGGAAAAACAAGGGAGGGCCUCAAUUUAGAUAUCCAUGUUCUUUCCUAUUGCUGGUGUGCAGAACUUAUAAGGUCAGCCUUUUCAUCAGUUGGUUGUCUAGAUGGGUUGAACAUACAUUCGAACGAGUUUGCCUUUGAGGGAUCUGUUUCAACUGGUCAGAUUGAGAGAAAAAUGCAGUCUCCAAUAGACAAAGUUGAAAAGUUGAAAAGCAUCAAAAGUGACACGGACAGUACAUCACCAUUACUGUCUGUUUACAUUGGAGACUCAGUUGGAGAUUUGCUUUGCUUAUUGGAGGCAGAUAUUGGUAUUGUUGUUGGAUCAAGCACAACCUUGCGAAGAGUGGGGAAACAGUUUGGUGUUUCUUUUGUCCCGUUGUUCCCUGGUUUGGUAGAUAAGCAGAGGCAACUAACAGAGCAAGAAGCAUCCAUGUUCAAGGUUCGGUCUGGAGUUCUUUAUACAGUUUCUAGCUGGUCAGAGAUACAUGCUUUCAUUCUGGGAAAUGAUUUCAGCUGAUUGAUGCUGUUCUUUUGUCCGUUUUUCCUUGAGAAGCAAGACCUUUACCAGAUUCCGUGCACAUGAUAUGCGAAUCCCCAAUGUGGUCAUUUUAUGAAAGCCACAUGCCAAUUCUGUGUUCCUGUAUGAAUGAAUGAAUACCUUGUGUUGUGCAAUGGCUCUGUAUGAUCAAUGUUUCAUUGAUUACACUCGACGUCUUUCCAUUUGGGAUCAUUUCUUCUAAUUUCUGGAGUGGUUCCUGGGCAUUGCAACUAAUAGAGUGAGUGGUAUACCCAAGUGUAACAACUGUAGAUAUGUUUUCAGUCGGCAAUAAAAAUUUGAGAAGCCGUGAUCUUUGUCA